AUGAGAUCUAAGCAUCAAAUUUCCACUCUUUUCCUUAUAGCCUUCUUCUUGUUCAUUUUAGGAUGUUUUGCUUCACCUAGGAAGAAUACCCGCUCUCAUCGUCCUUGUAAAGAAUUGGUGUUCUAUUUCCACGACAUUAUUUACAAUGGCAAGAACUUCAAGAAUGCAACUUCAGCCAUUGUAGGUGCUCCAGCUUGGGGAAAUCACACCAUUCUAGCAAAUAAUAACCAUUUUGGGAAUGUGGUUGUAUUCGAUGAUCCUAUAACAUUGGACAACAACUUGCACUCACCCCCUGUUGGGAGAGCACAAGGGCUUUAUAUCUAUGACAAAAAAGAAAUCUUUACAUCAUGGCUUGCGUUCUCGUUUGUGUUUAACUCGACUGCCCAUAAGGGUAGCAUUAACUUUGCAGGUGCUGAUCCUUUAAUGAACAAGACAAGAGACAUUUCAGUAAUUGGUGGAACGGGUGAUUUCUUCAUGACUAGAGGUGUGGCUACUCUCAUGACAGAUGCGUUUGAGGGGGAGGUUUACUUUAGGCUUCGUGUUGAUAUUAAGUUCUAUGAAUGCUGGUGA